AUGGACUGUACCGCCUACCCUGAUCGUGUAAUCCCGGCUAUGACUGCUAUAUAUCUGUUCUGGACAUUCGGUGCCACGGGUGCAUUCUCAGUCGCUGGCCAAGCCGCAUCCAGGGCCGAAGGACUGGAUUUGAAUCACCCGCGCCAGCACCUUGGAAAUAUGAGAGGUCUUCCUCUUUGCCUUCGAUCGGCUCCUAGCUUCCUCAUCGAAGGUUUUUCAGGAUUUGCUGCUGUUGCUGCUCUUACCCAAAUUCUUGACUCGGAUAAUCGACAGAUUGUCAAUCUCUUGGGCCUCCAUGUCUUGUUGAAGGUCUUUGUUUAUUAUCCGUCUUACAUUUUGAAUGUUCCACCCAUUGUGAGGAUGCUCAGAUGCUCACAGAGAUCAACGUACGGCGUAGCAUACGAAGCAAAGGAAACAGUAGCUGUUCGACGAAAGUAA